UACGUGUUUUUCAAGAUGCUGUUCAACCUCCUCUCGCUCACCAUCCUCGCUGUAACCACAGCCAUUUCUGCUGAGCCUAUCCAACGUCGAGCAGCAACCAACGUCUUCCCAAACCCACCAACGACCAGCGUCCUUAGCGCACCCAUCAGGGUAAAGGCAGGUCAGACCUUCACCCCUCCCCGGCCCUACACCCGCUAUGAACGCGGCUCUGGGUCUUGCACGAACGGUGAAGGAGGUGAAGCUGACGCUGUCUUCCUUUUGGAGGAGGGCGCGACGCUUAGCCGGGUCGUGAUUGGCAAGAACCAGAUGGAGGGCGUGCAUUGCUUGGGUUCAUGCACGGUUGAAUACGUCUUCUUCGAGGAUGUGUGCGAGGAUGCCGUGACCAUCAAGCAGAAGUCUGGCACAAGUAGGAUCAACUAUGGUGGUGCCAAGGGAGCGUCUGAUAAGGUCAUCCAGCACAAUGGUGGUGGAACGGUUAUCAUCAAUAACUUCUAUGUCGAGAACUUUGGGAAGCUCUACCGCAGCUGCGGUAACUGCAAGACCCAAGUCAAGCGUACUGUCCAGAUUAAUGACGUCUGGGCCGUAUCUGGAAAGGAACUUGUCGGCAUCAAUGCGAAUUACGGAGACACUGCGACAAUCCGACGAACCAAGGCCACCAAUGUCAACACCAUCUGCCAGACAUACAAUGGCAACAACUCUGGCAAAGAGCCCAGCAAGGGAAGCAGCGGACCAGACGGCAAGCACUGCUUGUACUCGAACAGCGACAUCUCCUCUUGAAAGUGUAGACGUUGUGGAGAAGGCAAAGUGCGGAGCGUGGAUGCUUCUUUGUCGAUAAAUGACCAUGGCCCUGUUGAUAGUUAAAUAAUCCAAGC